UCUCUCUCUACUGUUCGCGCGCCCCCUUCACCAAUCGACCUCCAAGUCGACCAUUGUGGCACUCGCCAUGGCCGCCGAGCUCCCGUUCUACCUGCUCCUCCUUCCCCUCCUAGCCAUAGUCCCGCUCCUCUACCUGGCGGUGUCCCGCGGGAGGCCCGGCUCCGGCCGGCGGCUGCCCCCGUCGCCCUGGGCGCUGCCGGUGAUCGGCCACCUGUACCACCUCGCCGGCGCGCUCCCGCACCGCGCCAUGCGGGACCUCGCGCGGCGCCACGGCCCGCUCAUGCUGCUCCGCUUCGGCGAGGUCCCCGUGGUGGUCGCCUCCUCCCCGGACGCGGCGCGGGAGAUCAUGAAGACCCACGACGUCACCUUCGCCACGCGGCCCAUCGGGCCCAUGCAGCGCCGCAUCAUGGAGGGCGCCGAGGGCCUCCUCUUCUCGCCCUACGGCGACGCGUGGCGCCAGCUCCGUAAGAUCUGCACCGUCGAGCUCCUCAGCACCCGCCGCGUCCACUCCUUCCGCCCCAUCCGCGAGGACGAGAUCGGCCACCUCCUCCGCUCCGUCGCGUCGGAGGCGUCGCCGGCGAGGCCGGUGAACCUGUCCGAGCGGAUAGCGACGUUCGUCGCGGACUCCUCGGUGCGUGCCAUCAUCGGCAGCCGGACGCCGAACCGCGACACGUUCCUGAGGCUGCUGGAGGAGGGGCUCAAGGUCAUCCCUGGGAUGAGUCUGCCGGACAUUUUCCCGUCGUCGCGUCUCGCGAUGCGCCUCAGCCGCGUGCCCGGACAGAUCGAGCGUCUCCGUGGCGCCAUGCUCGGUUUCAUCGACACUAUCAUCGAGGAGCGCGAGAACAGAGACGCCGCCGCUACCGGCAUCGAGGAACACGACGAGGACUUACUUGACGUGCUGCUGAGGCUCCAGAAGGACAUGGACUCCCAGUAUCCCCUCACCACCUUGAACAUCAAAACCGUCAUCAUUGACAUGUUUGCUGCUGGCAGCGAGACCUCGUCCACGAUGAUCCAAUGGGCGAUGGCCGAGCUGAUGCGUAACCCGACAGUGAUGCAGAAGGCGCAAGAAGAGGUCCGGAGAGAGCUCGCCGGCCACGACAAGGUGACGGAGGAUGGCCUGACAAACCUGCACUACCUGCAGCUCGUCAUCAAGGAGACGCUCCGGCUGCACCCCGCGGCGCCGCUGCUCCUGCCGCAUGAGUGCCGCAGCCCGUGCGAAGUGCUCGGGUUCGACGUGCCCCAGGGCGCGAUGGUGCUCGUGAACGCGUGGGCAAUCGGCAGGGACCCGGCGCACUGGGAUGCGCCGGAGGAGUUCAUACCGGAGAGGUUCCAGGAACAAGGUGGCAUGGACGGCAGGGACUUCAAGGGAACGGACUUUGAGUUCGUGCCGUUCGGCGCCGGCAGGAGGAUGUGCCCCGGCAUGUCGUUCGGUCUGGCCCACGUCGAGCUCGCGCUGGCGGCGCUGCUGUUCCACUUCGACUGGGAGCUGCCGGAGGGGAUGGCCCCCGAGGAGAUGGACAUGACCGAGGCGGCCGGCAUCACCACGCGCCGGCGGUCUGACUUGUUGGUGAUUUGUAUCCCCCGUGUCCAAGUGUCGAUGGAGUAAGUACGGUGCGUAUAAUGUUGUCUCGCCUGAUAACUUGUGAAGUGGUGACCUUUUUCCGUUCACUGAGUGAUAUAUAUGAUUUAGGGCAACAUUAUAUUUACAUGUAACAGUUGCGGGUGGCUAAUCUCUUGAUUAGUGUGGGUGUGGAGUUUAAACCAUACUCUUGUUUGCACCAAGUUGCAUUCUCUUGUAC